CGGCAAUUGAUUCGGACGCCGCCCGGAUAGUCGACGGGGGAAAACGCCGCACGCAACGCAUACCGGCAAUACCAGUAAGAGUGUCGUAAGACGUAUAAUAUUUUAUCGGUUACCGCGUCCGUCCGCCGUGCGGCCGCUGCCCGCACGGCGGUGGCCGCUAAUCGCCGCGCGCGCUAUUGCGGACCACACCACACCACGACCCCGCGAGUCCGCGGCAUUACCGCGCGCCCGGUAUAAUACGCGCACGGUCUCUGUGCCGCGAACCGUACGAAUGUUACGCGGUCAUUAGCCGGUAUACCGCCGCGCUGUUAUCACACAACAAGUGUGUGGUACACCGUCCACCGCGCGCACACAUACGCACAUUUCGCCAAACUAUUUAUGAUUAUCGAUUGGACGACGCGUACGCGACUCAUUACGCAUAGGCCCGCAACGAUUAUUUACGACGGACGUCGGACGGCCGCGGCAACAGUAACAGUGUCGAGAGCGGUGAGAUGACAACGAUGCGCGUUUAAAAAACAAAAAAUAUUCCGGCGACGUGUUUACGGGGGGGGGGAGGGGCUACAUUAAAGAGAGAGUUAUAUAUCGCUCCUUCACUCCCCCCCCACUCCCCCUCCUUGACUUUUUUUCCGGGUCUAUUAUUUUGUACGACUACCUGUUUUCGAAUAGAAGUUUCUUCACUUAUUGGUCGGAAAAAUUGACAAUAUUUAACGUGUCCCCUUUGGCGUUAACCUUUAGCUGAUAAUACAUUUUUGAAAAACAAAAACACCCCCGUACACAUUAUCUUGUUUCGAACCGUUAAAUCUGAGUGUCUCAGUACCAAUAAAUGUUAAAUCAACCAAUAAUAUUUAUGCGUAUGACCAUUUGGUUUCGAUGAUAAUUUUAGGGCAGAUUGAAUCGUAAACUACACACGUACGAAUAAUAAUUGACCUUUAAUUUUUUUUCGCCAUUUCAAUAUCUCCCUCCUUGCCCGAAAAUCCCAAAUACGCCACUGACACACCUGUAUGUUACUAUCUAACGAUACUCGGGUUUGUGCGACCGUCGUCGUCGUGCCGUACGCACGAGUUGUACGGCGCCCGGUUAUGCAUUUCACCUACAUCGGAGCGUACGCGGUCAAACGGCAACAAGAACGAUGACAAUAUUAAUUAUUUUGUAUUAUUAGUUGGUACUAUAGGUACUUGUUAACUCUAACGAUUGUUAUCGUUACGGUCGACGAAUAUUUCACGUUACUGUUCCGAGCACGAAACGUUUUUGUCUCCAUACGUUAUGCCGACCAGUCCUUUGUGUCGGGCUAUCGAUUUAUCGUAAUCAAAAUGUUGUGUACAAUUUACUGCCGCAACGUUCCUUAUCACUACGGCCAGAUGUUUAUAAAAUGCAUUAUUCAUUCCGUGUACGUAAUCGUAAGUUUUCGCAUACGUGUAUGGACCGUAAGUUAACGAUUUGUGUACAUGUAAAUGGUUUUCAACACAAACGAAUGCAAUACAAUUUACGAAUGUGCGUGCGUCGCACUGUAAAGUAUAAAGAAAACCUCCCUCGUCCGAUUAUUUUUACUUAGGCGAUGCAUUUUUGACAAUAAUUAUGUAUAAUGUCUUGUUAUUUCUAAAAAAAAAAAAAACUAAAACUAAAACAUAGCCCCAUUCACUAUAAGAAUUAAAUCGAUAGACAUUGGAAAUAACAAAUUGAGAUAUUUAUAAUGGAUACCUAUAAUAUAUUUACAGUGGCGCCGAUCUCAAGUUCAUACCGGGGGUAAGUACAUAUUAGAGGGGAUGGGGGCUGUGCAAAUAAAAUAUCUUGAACAUUUUCAUAUAUUAACAUGAUAUUAUAUGAUAUUAAAAUCAAUUGAUUGUAUUUUGUUAUUGUGACAAGUGCCCAAGGAUUCCUGGAAAACACCUGUUAAACCUCACAAUGGGUAUGUAGAGACUCCUUAAGGAUUCCAUGUUUUGUUUUAAUAUUCAUCAUCAGGUACCCUAUCACUUUUCUAACUGGGAAUCGGACUUUAUUAGAGAAAUCGAGUAAAUAAAAACGCGAAAUACCACGACCGUGGUUCAGAAUACGCCACCGGGCAUCGAACCUAACCUAACAUAUAUUUAACCCUUCAUCCAUUAAUUUUUUUGAACAUAGGCCAUUUCAUCGGUAUAUAAGUUAUCGUAAGUCACUUUUAAAUUAUUAUAUAUAUACAGUGAAACCUCGAAUUUGCUAACUUUUUUGGGAAUGAAGACUUUUACCUCUAAAUUGAACUUCCUGUGAAUAGUGGAAAUCAGUUCCGUAGUCCAGUGCCCCCCUCCCCACCCCCCCCCCACACAAAUUUUUGGUUUUAAUAAUUAUUUCGAUUAUUUCAAAAUCUUAAAUACAAUGAUACCAUAAUCUUGUGAGGCUACUAUUAUGGAGUCCUUCUUGGGACGUCGAUAGGAUGAUCCCAUUAGAAUCACAGUGCUGAAGUGUAAAUUAUAUUUUAUCUCAGUUGUUAGAGUAAAAAAUGACGGACGCCACUGAAUGUAGGAAGUUUUUUUUUUCUAACAUAUAUUCUUAAUAGCCGUUCGUUUCUCGAUAAAAACGGGUAUAACACCUAUGUACAGGGUAUAAUCUAAACUAUUUUCUGGGUCACGUGCACACUAGGGUAGUACUAUAUUAUGUAUGAAAAAAAAAAUUUUUCAAAUUACUCCCCCCUAAUAAGUUCCAUUACUAAAAAUAAUGAUAUAAAUAAAGUUUUAGACAAAUCAAAUAAAUUUAACCCGUGCCAUAACAGCUCUGAAGUUACAAAUAUAGACAAUUUUUCAAAAUCGUUAAGUUUUUGUUAUAAAACCAACAUAACUCUAGAGAAAAGGAUCUCACGAUAAAUUCUUUAGAUGAUAAAUUAAAGAAAACUAAAUUUACAAUAGUUUGUUUUUUAUAAUUUAUAUUAUAAAUUUAAAGCUUUUUUAAAUAUUUGAACAAAAAGGUCAAAAAAAAAAUCAUAAUCAUUAUCGGCUAUCGGUCGAUUGCACAAAUAAAUAAUAUACACUUUACCCAGUACCCAUAUUUUGCGAUUAUUACCUAAAGAUUAUUUUUAUGACUCAGACAAUCAAAUAAUAUAUUAUCUACAUUCUUUAUUCUCAUCACACAUUAUUACAAUUUAUACUUAUAUGUUAUCGGAUAUAUCAUGUCAUUGUAGUCAUUUUUCGAUUUAUUGAUUAAUUUCUCAAUUGACUUACUACAACAACCAUUGUCACACUAAAAUUGUUGAGUAUUAAAUUUUCAAAUUUUGUACGUCAUACAUUUUAUUUUAGUGACUUACAAUGGUUACCAGGGAGAGUUUACGUGAGUCGAAAUAUAUUUUUUUAAUUGGAUAUAGUACAAAUCAAAUUGUUGGUAGUAAAUUACCAUCAAACAAACAAGUUUUGUCGGUACUAUUUUUUAAUAUGCGUAAAGUAAACUUAAAUUUGCAUCAAAGUGCUACAUUAGUGAUACAAGAAGCAAUCAUUUUUUGGCGAAAGGCACGCAUACCAACGAGAACAGAACAAAAGUGUGUGAACAAGCUGGAAGGUUUAUACAAAGAGUGGAGAAAUUUACAAAAAUUAGAAUAUAGGAAAAGUGCAAAUGGAAAAAAAAUUCGCAGUUUCUAUCAAAGUUAGAUGAUUUAUUCGACGUAGCGAGUGCAAAUGCAUUAGAUUUACUGUCUAUUGAGAAUGACAAAGCAUUUUUAAUAGCCCAGAGACAGAAAGGUCGACCUGGGUCGUUGCUUGGUAUUGAUCAAAAAAUGAUAAAANGUAAUAAUAUAAAAUUAAUUUCAGAUAAAACUGUAGAACUACAGUCGUCGAGUAGUUCUGACGAAUGUGACGAUGUAAAUAGUGAGGAAUUUAUACUUUUAGAAAAUCACCCAAGAGAUGAUUACCGAGAGUUACUAGAAUUAACAGUAAUUUUUCUGGGUGGAAAACUUCCUAAUAAUAUUCGAUUUAAAAUACCAGGAGCCAUUCAUCACGCGCGGUGGAUGGCCAAAGCUAUUUAUAGCUUGAAAAUAUAUUUAUUUAGCGAACAAUUUCAUUUAACACCAAAAGAAGAAAGUGCUUUGAGAAGUAUUUGCGUUUUUAUUGUACGAUUAUACAUAAAAGUAUGGUUCAACUUAUCAUCUUCAAACAAAGCACCAUUACAAAACUUGAAUUGUAUAAAAAGUCUUUUACAUUAUACCUCUAUAGACAAAGAUAUAUCUCAGAUUGCAGUUAAAAAGUUUUGUGGUCACUUAUGGUAUUUAUCUCAAGAAUUAUGUGCUUUUGCUCUUUUCUAUGAAGCUGUGCCACUGGAGAUAAAAAGAAAAAUGGUUCAUGCUCUAAACAACGACGAAAGUUCAUCAGAAUUAAUUUCAAAUGCACAACGUUUAACUAUAUCGCGAAAAAAUGCAAAUGAGUUAUUAGAAAAGGAAAUCGAUGAUUUUAUAUGUGUUAAUACUAAAACACAUAAUUAGGUAACAAUGUUAUUAUAAUUGUAAAUUGUUAUUAUAAAUAAUUAUUAGUUGUAUUUUAAGUUGUCUUAAAUAUUAAAAUGUUUAAGAUUAUUCUUGUUUUUACCUUGUAAUUAAAAUAUUUGAAAAAAUAAUAUAUUUUCAAAAUAUUAUAUAUGAACAAAUUGCAGAAAAUGUAGUGUUCUAUCAUUUAUAUUUUAACAGAUUUUUUGUAAGUAUUUUGUAGGUUUUCCUGGAGUUAUAUUAAAAAAAAAAUUUUAAAAAUUGAUAAUAUUGAAAAUUUUUGUAAAUUUAGAGCUUUUGUGGCACGGGUUAAUUAAUUAAUAUUAAUGAAUUUGCCUGAAAUUUUUUUUGUAGCGUAUUUUUUAGUAAUCGAACCUUUUUAGGGGGGUAACCUGAAAAAAAUCACAAGCGAAAAAUAAGGACCACCCUAGUGCACACGUAACAGGUGUUUUGGCUAUGGAUGUAUUGACUAUUGAUAUAGCUACUCUAUACUAUGCCGGUCUAAAUGUGGGAGUAGUAAAAUAUUAUUUAUAAAAAUGUACCUACUUUUUAUAACAAAUACAACUCAACGCUAGUAGUAAUUCGAAAAAUAAAAAAUGUACACAUUUGUUAUAAGUACCGGGUAACUAGAAUUAUGUUAAACUAUUAAACUCUUUUGUCAUUCCCAAAUAGACCGACUUGGCUGUUUUACAACGAAGGUACAUUAAUAUUAUAAUGUUAUAAUGGUUAAAAAACAUGCACGAGUGAAAAUUUGUCAGCGUCAUUUCGUGGUAAUUUUAUCUAAUUAUUGCGUGAAAAUAUCCAGUACUGAAUUGCGUACUCGUGUUUCUGAAAUAUUUAUGUAGUUUUUUUUUUUUUUUUUGCUAGUAUAGACCUAAUUGUUUUUCUUACUAUUUAGAAUUUUCCUACAAAAAAUAUAUUAAAUAAUUAAACAUAGUAAGUACGUUUGCAUACAAAUUUCGUUUUAUUUGAAACUCUUAAAGUACUCUAGGAAAUUCUUUUAAAAUCGAAUAAACAUAUAUACAGAGUGAUACACUAAGCGUGCUCACACCCAAUUUUUUUUUCAGUUAAAUUUUGCAUACAUUCGAAUUCUGAUUUCGGAAUUUUUAAAUGUAGUUAAAGCCGAUAUUUUCGAGUAUACUUAGAUUUUUAAUGACAUUUAAAGAGUGACCCGUGGCGAUACCAACUUUGGCUUUUCAAAUGAGAACUCCACUAAAAAUAGACGGGAGUAUUAGUUUGAAUACAUUCUGAUGUUAACAUUUUUGAUUUCCUUUAGCCCGUUGACGGGAUAUUCCAAUUUUAAGUUUAGGUGGGUGGACAGUAAGUAGUGGAGUGUCAUUUGUGUUGUAGCACGGCUCGUGGCGUUUUAAUAGUAUUCCGCUACUCGACCCAAACUUAUAAUUGAAAUAACUCGUAAACGGGCCAAAAUUUUAACACCAAAAUUUAUUUAAACUAAUACUCAAUCCAUUUUUGGAUUUUUUAGUACAGGUUCUCAUUUUUGAAAAACCAAAGUUGUUUUCGCCACGGGACACUCCUUAAAUGUUCUGAAAAAUCGAAAUAUUCAAAAACAAUACAGGCUUUAACUACACGAAAAUCCCAAGAAUCAGAAUUUGGCAGGAAAAAAAAUGGGAUGAGCACGCUUAUAGUGUGAAUCGUUCUGAAUUGAUUAUAACAGUAUAUUAUUAUUUAUUAUUUAAUAUAUUUAUAAUAUUACGCAUAUAUUAUAAUUAUACAGGGUAAACGCGUGCCGUGUAUCCACACAUCAAUAACGGUGGAGCCAGAUGGUAAUCAAGUAGCGAUGGCGAACGUACACAUGGAUGUUUACGAAGACAUGUUCAAAGAAAUUACGAAAAAAAUUUACGGACAUGAUAGAUCGUCGUCCUCCAAGAACAAACAGUUGGCGGAACAGGAUAAGUACCAGAUAGUGGAAGAGGGCCUCAGCGUGAUCGAGAACAACGAAACGGCCACAGCAGCAGAAUCUUUCGGCGAACAGGAGCAGCCCAAGGAGGACCCGUGGGUGACCAGCGACGAGACGAUAUCGUGGACCACGUCAAAGAUCAGUAGCUACAACGCGGACAGGAAGCUGUUCAAGUGUCAAGAGUGCGAAUCGGUGGGCCUGCUGUCCAGCGUGGCUGAGCACUGGCUGGGCACGCACGCGGAUGUCAAGGUAUUCCAGUGUCCGCAGUGUCCGUACGCCAGCGCGUGGGCCAGAUGCAUACGUACACACAUGUCCCGGCAACACAACGUGGUGGCCGCCAACGGGCUAAAAGAACAACAGACCGCGGGCCGGUCGCCGUGGAAAGAGAGUCCUGUGCUCGAAGAGGUGACCAGCUACCUGGGCCGGCUGAAAGCUGCCGCGGACAAGGCGUUGGCCGAUAAAAACGCGGCCGUGGUCAGCAACGCCGUGGCCGACGCGGCCGCUUACGCUAUCGAUUCGGACGACGAGAUGCAGAUAUCUGCGGCCGACACGGAGACGCAGACCGCCCAAAAGCGUUACAAUUGCUCCUAUUGUCCGUACGGGACCGACCGGCGGGACCUGCACAUCAGGCACGAGAACAUACACAAGGAUAACAAACCGUUCAUGUGUGAUGUAUGCCAAAAGCAGUUUAACCGGGCAGAUCACGUGAAGAAACAUUAUACGCGCAUGCACAGAGAAUACGAGUACUGUUUGAGCCGGGUGAAACGCGACCUGUACGGCAAUGUAGGGAUCCAGCGGAAACAUCCGCGGGUCACGUUGUACUCGGGUGACCCGUCGUCGAUGAUCGAACCGGAACCGCAGAUCAUCGUGUCGCAAACGACCGACGUACAACCGCUGACUUCGGCACCGAUCAUCAGCGCUACGCCGAUCAUUCUACAGGACGACCAACAGCAGCAGCAGCAACAAACGGUCGUCAACAUAGCCGUCGUCAAUUUCAACGAGCAGACCGGCACGCACACCAUACAAAUACCGAUAUCGACCAGCCAGUUGAAACCGGUAAGUUCCGCACGUGAACUUGGUAACGUUUUCAAAUUGUUUUUAGACUCUAAAUGAUUAAUCAUGAGUAAUUUUCGGGCGGUCUUGGCCCCCUAUUCACCCCAGGGGCAUGCCCGGGAUUUCGUUUUGGCGGUGGUUUUAAUAUUUUAACAUAAGUAUCAAAUUUAAAACUACAUUGUUAAAAUAAUUAGGUGAAAAUCUGUAUAACUGUAUACGUAAAAACCCGUUAUCUUUUUUUACUACUGUUAAAUAUUAUAAACACAUUUUAAAAAUUAACCUUAUAAAGUUAUUACUGUAAAUAAUUUGGUAAAUAAUUGUAAAUAAUUGUAAAUAAUUGUAAAUAUUGUAAAUAAUCAAACAAAUUGAGAUUUAUACCGCUCCCCGUACCUCCACUCAAAAAAAUAAAAACACAAAAAUGAAUGCUGUUGCGCAUUGGCCCUGGUCAUAAUAACAUAUUAUAAUAUCAUAAACAUUAGAAAACAAGCUGUUGAAACAAAAAUGUUGAUACGAAUAUCCAUAAGUAAUUAUAUUUACGUGCUUAUUAGGUGAUGUUCGCUCCGGAGACCAUUUUAACGGUGGACCCCACAGCAAUGAUGUCGACGGACGCGCCAGCAGCAUCAAUUAUACAAACGGACGCACCAGCACCAGCAAUGAUGCCAACGGACGUACCCGCAGUAGCAAUGAUGCCGACGGAAGCACCAGCAGCAGCAAUGGUGCUAACGGACGCACCUGCAACAUCAAUGGUGCUGACGGACGCACCCGCAACAACAAUGGUGCUGACGGACGCACCCGCAACAACAAUGAUGCUGACGGACUCACCCGCAACAUCAAUGGUGCUGACGGACGCACCCGCAACAUCAAUGGUGCUGACGGACGCACCCGCAACAACAAUGAUGCUGACGGACUCACCCGCAACAUCAAUGGUGAUGACGGACGCACCCGCAACAACAAUGAUGCUGACGGACUCAUCCGCAACAACAAUGAUGCUGACGGACUCACCCGCAACAACAAUGGUACUAACGGAUGCACCCGCAACAACAAUGAUGCUGACGGACUCACCCGCAACAGCAAUGGUACUAACGGACGCGCCCGCAACAACAAUGAUGCUGACAGACGCGCCCGCAGCAACAAUGAUACCGACCGACGCAUCCACAACAGAAGCAACAGCAGCAGCAGCAACGGCAGCAGAAGUGAUGGCAACCGAAGCGCAGUGCAAAAACAACGACCGUAGGAACUUCAGAAAACGGUACUCGUGCACGUACUGUUCGUGGUCGGGCAUGGACAACUGGUGCCUCAAACGACACCUGAACACGCACAUGAAACCGUACGAGUGCAUUUUCUGCGAAUACAAAGCGGCCAGGGCCGAGCGGCUUGCGACCCACGUAUUAAAAGUGCACAGCAAAAAGAUGUGCAGUCGAUGUUCGUAUAUAGCUCAGGACUACGACGAUUUAUACGCUCAUCAAUCGGAAAAUAACCAGUGAGUCGCCCGCAUCACUAUUCACUACCUAAUCUAAUAUUUUGAUUGUUGUACGUUUUUCUAUAUGUAUAGGGUGAUAUUUUCUUUUUAUCAUGAACCAGCAACUUUAUAAAACAUUUAAUAAAAAUGCAACUAUAAGCAAAGGGAGGAAAAGUAAGAUAUUAUACUGUUCAUGGAUAAGUCAAUGUUAUAGAUGAGUAGAGAUGGUUGGAAUGGCGGUGCAAGGGGUGAAUUUGGGAAUAUUUUUUCAUUGAACGAAUGGAAGUGCCUCUUUUAUCAAUGCAGCAUAGAGCGGUGUGGCUUGGAGUAGAUCAGAUCGUUUAUAUACGCGUUUAAAGUUCAAAUUUGAAUGAAAGUCGUAAAAAUCACGUAAUUUCGUGUAUUAUUUUUCGAUUUACAUGGAUGUAAUUAAUGGCCAUGUCAAAAUGAUUUUUAACUUAACACGUGCUUCAUCAAAAAGUUGGAUUUGAUAUAAUAAAAAAAGUUGAGCGUAAUGUAGUAUUUUUUUUUCAUGAACACUUAAUGUUUAAAUACUGACGAAAAUCUUAAAAAUUACGGCACUUCAAAGCAUGUACAACCGAACAAAAUCGUAUUUCUUCAGCAAUAAUUUUUCGAUGCAUACAGAUAUAAAUUAUGUUUCCUACCUUCCCGAUUUCCCAUUUAUAACAAUGGUAGGUACACAUAUCAUCACUUAGAGCAACUUAAAAUGAACUUCGAGUAAAUUUUUAAAAAGGCAGGAUAUAUAAAGUUAUUUAAUGUAUAUAUGUAAGCAACGAUAAACCAUUGCUAACGAAAAACGAUUCUGGGCGAUGUUCGGUUAUAGGUGUUUUGAAAGGCCGCAAUGUUUACGAUUUUGAUAACAACUUGAUCUUAAAACGCUUAAAACAACAUUUUACCAUGUCUAAAAAUGGCUAAUAUUAGUAUUGUGUGAUAAUUUCAGGGUAGGUAAUCUACGAAUUUUCCAACCGAAUAAUAAUAGAACAACAAAAUUAAAAAUAAUGAGACCGUGGUUUAUUAUUACAGAAAUAACGCAUUAUUUCAGUUAAAUUUCCCGUUUAUUCUCGGUUUUGCCAAAUUAUUAAGAAAACUACACGGAAUAUCAAAAAGACGGCUAUUUACCAACUAGACAAUAUUUUUUUUCAGAAUAGGUACUACUUUUGGAAUUUAACGCAAUACUUUUGGCCAAAAAGAAAAUUGGAAAAAAAUGUAACAUAACGAAAUCGGCAACACCGCGGCGUGCAGUCAAUAUUUGUCUGAUUGUCUCUUUUUCCGGAUAUUAUUUAAAAAAAAAAACCCAAAAUCGUUAAUCAUAAUUUGUUUUGUUUUAAACCCUGUAAUCUUAUUUUACCCAAUAUAUACCUAUGUAUAUAUUUACCAUAGUCCAUAAAGUUAUUCAAGUCAGUUUAUGAACUAUAACUUAACUUAUAUACGAUUGGUUUUUUUUUUUUUUUUUAGUAAAAGUGUUCGAUCACGUCGUACACAAACAUCGCCUACUCCGUCUUCACCCGAACAAACAGAAGACAAUAAUUCAGAAAAAAAUGAUAUGAUCGUAGGCUGGCCAAUAUCAAAUGCUGAAACACAGAAUUCUAUUCACAUGUAAAAAGGAUUAACAAUUCGACGUGCCAAAAAUCAAAAUCAAUACAGUAAUAUUUCUUAUCUACCAAUUAUAUAAAAAUAAUGACUGCUAUGUAUAGGUAACAGCGAUAAAAGGCAACGCGAAAUAUUUCUAAUGAAUAAAUUUGAAUUUGAUUUGUUUUUCCAAUAGAUAUAAAACAUCGAGUAACAUAAGUAGGCAGUACCGUAGCCAAGGGGGACACUGCAAUGGGGACACGUGCCUCCCCCAAAAUCUUUUUUUUUCGUAAUGCUAUAGUGCAGUUCACAUAAAUUCGUUAUACUAAUAAAAUGAUUAUCAGCAAUACCUACUAUUAUUAAUAUUAUACAGAUUGAUUCACUAAGCGUACUCACCCCAAUUUUUAGGUUAAAUUUUGAAUAUAUUCAAAUUCUGAUUUUUGGAAUUUUUAAGUGUAAUUAAAACCGAUAUUUUCUAAUACUUAGGUUUUUCAUAACAUUUAAGAGUGGGGACAUGUCUAACAAUUUAAAAUGGCUGCCAAUGGUGCGUAAAUGUUAAUUUAUAAAAAAUAUCGAGAUGAUUAAUUUUUAAAAAGUUGGAUAUCACGUAAUUUAUGUAGAUACUUAUUCAUUUGUACGCCUAGCUCCUUCUCAGUCUUGCCUAGACAGUUUUUUGUGCCUUCUGUAAAAUUUGGUUUUAGAGACAUGUCCCCUCUCUGAAAUUAACGAUUCAUAAAUUCUCUUACAAUAAGGCUACACAAUUUGUUUUAAUUUUAAAUUGUAAUACUAAUGAGGUAUAAAUAAUAAGCGAUAAGGAAAUAGGGGAAUAAAGGAGUCAUAAAAUAACAGGUGAUAAAUAUUCUAGAUUAACAAAAAAUAGAUAAAAAAAUUAAGUUUUCCCCCCAUGAGAAUUUUUUCUGGCUACGGUACUAUAAGUAGGUACCUAUGAUUUAAAACAAAUUAAAUUUAGAUUAGUUUUUUUUUCUAAAUACCUACCAAUUAUUUUGAUUCUGUGUACGUACAGAAACAAACAUUUCAACUCGAUUUUUUUUAUUUUAAUAUGUAGGUACGUGUGUAGCUACAUAUAUUGGCAAACAAGUAGAUGUCUGCCAAUGUCUACCUAUAGUAGGUAGUUACGUUAGGUACUGACCAUCGAAAAAAACUCUACUCAAAUUGAAGAUUAUCGUAACAAAAUAUUUCGUAUUACUUUUACAGUUAAACACACUGUAGCUAUAACUAGAAAAUAAACUAGGUAGGUACCUACUUUUAUAUUACUAUUUUAUAUUUUAACUUUAAACGUUUGUGUUUGUAUAUGCUUAUUGUAUUCCACAUAAAUCUGGUUGUUUUACCCACUUUAUAUUAUUGUUACCAAUUUUGACUUAAAAACAAAAACUUGAACUAAACGAAAACUUCUAAGUUCUUAAAUUAAACAUUAAAUUUUCGUUUUGGGCAAAAAAUGUAAGUAGUAAAUGAACUUUAAACCUCGGUGUUACACUAAAAAUAUUUUUUUGGAUUAAAUCAAUGUACUGUACUAUUAAUAAAGGGAUACAAAUAUUAUCAAAACACAUUUAAAAAAAAAGCAAAAAUUGUACCUAUUAAACAUUAAUAUACCUAAUAGUUAAUAAAUUCAGGUAGGUAAUUAGUUAAUAAGUCAGAAACUAAUUUAAUUAUUAUACCUAAUUAUUAUUGUUCCAUUAAUUUGUAUAUUUGUAUAUUUUAUUGUUAAAUAUCGUUGUAAGUUUGUAACAUUGAUAUAUUGUUGGUUAACCUUACAACGAAUCAUUUUAAUUGUAAUACCUAUUAUGACCUGGUUACAAUUUUUAGCUAGGUACUUUGAUUCAAUAUUGUAUAAUAAUAUGUUAUGGACAUUUUCCGCAGGGUCUUUUUUGUCAGCAUUUCAAAUAAAAGUUUAAAAAUUUAAAAAUUAAAACCCAUGAAAAUUUAUGUCACAAAUAUUUGUCAGGUACCUAUUUAUUUUAUACCUACUAAAUACAAGAAAAAACUGCAUUUUUAUAAAUUGUAUUGUAAUUGUAAAUAUAAUAAAUACAGUCAAAAGUUACAUAUAUUGCCAAAAAUUGAAUAUAAUUUGGUAGAUACUUAUCAAUAUUGGGUAGUAUGAAAUUGGGUAUAAUAAUUAUUUGCCAAAUUUAAAAACCAAAUAACUCCUUGAUUUAUAGACAAUUCUAAAUGUGAGUAAUAAAAAUGAUAAAGAUUAUUUUACUACAAUUUAUUCCAUUUAACUAGGUAGGUAUUUGAAAAAAACACUUUGAAACUCGCUAUAAUUAGUUUAGGUUGAUAUCUAAUUAUAACAUAAAGGGCUAUUUUAUUUAAAAAAAAAUAAAAUUGCAGUCUUUGAAAAACUGAAUACCUAGUUGCUCUGUUAUUUUCGAGGUAUGUUGACUCAACCACAGUUAAAAAUAAUACAUAGGAAAAUGUAUGAUCCAUCCAAUUGUGCCUCAAAAUUUUAAUUGCGCCAAUGAUAGGGACUUUCACUAAUUCUCAGUAAACUCAACAAAGGAAUUAUUUUUUCAGUGAAUUACCUAUUUUCAUAAUUUUAUCUUCAAAAAUGUAUUUCCCAACUAAAAACAAAGAAUUCAAGAAACAAAACUCAGAAUUGAAUUUUCCAAUGUAAUGUGAAAUCCAUAAACCAUUUGCCCGUGUACCUUUAGUACCUAUAUACUAGGGCAACUAGAGGCCUGCGCGUAACAUUUUUCACUGGUCCAUGCUACAUUUUCAAAUUAAUUAAUAAAUAACACAUGUAUAAAUAAUUAAACAUAAAAAAUAAAUGUCAAUAGUAAAUUAUAAAUUUUAUUGACCUAUUUUUGGCCUGCUAGAUUUUAAAUUUUUAAAAAUUGAUCCUCUUGUAAUAAUGAGUUGCCCAUCUCUGGUAUAUAUUUUGAACAUAAAAAAAUCAAAUUUCAUUUUUCAAAAUAUAUAUUACUAGGUAAUACCUACAUUAAAAUAUUAAGGUAUAAGCAAUUAAUUUAUCUAAUACUGUUCAACAUUCUAAUAUAACAAUGUACCUAAAUACAGAGGUGGCCAAAAGUCGCGCAACGCCUACCGUCUUGUAUGUAACGUGUUUCACCCUCCAUGUCGUUUCCGUUACGUCAUAUUGCAACUUUGGUCUCAUUAUCUUGUUUACGUACAACAACAGCAAAGUUUAUAAAAAAACAACAUAACCUAUUAGACGCAGUUCCAUAUUCGUUAUCGUUUGUAACACUGCCAAAAUGCAAAUUUGUCGCGCGACUUUUGGCCACCUCUGUAUAACUUAAGAUAAAAUAAUCAAUAUUUUAAAGAUUUACCAUUAUAUAUUGUUAGUAUACCUAAUUACCUAAUAUUGUAUUAUUUAUGUCUUUGUACUAUACGUACAGUGGUACCAAACAAAAUUGACAUAAAUCACUUGAAUAAUUGAACCCACUCACAUUUUCCAAUUACGAGGUCUAAUGCAAUCACAAGUAAACUUCAUUUUUUUUUUCAUUUUCAACUACUCCAAAAUUAUCAAUUUGUUCCCCUUUUUCAAAAAUAGACAACUCCAUUUUUCUAGUAAUUUAACUUCUAAAUACCAAAGGAAAUAAUGUUGAAAUAAAGUUUGUUACACCCACUUGUAUAUAAUAUUUUAACUUAUCCUCUAAUCUGAUCCACCCGUCCAUUUUACAAAACAGUUUAAUUUAACUAUCUGAAGUAUAUGUUUGACACCACUGGUUACUAUACAAGGAUAAUAUAAUAUUGAAGGCAUCAAUAUAAAAUAUUAUCAAAUAAAACAAUAAUGACCACUAUUUUAUAAUUAUUAUAACAUAAUAUAUAAGAUAAUAUACAAGUACAGAAAAGUAUUGUAAAUUUUGAAAAAUAAAUAAAAUUAAAAUGAUUAUUUUCUUUCACAAAAUAUACAUUUAUUGUUCAUCAAAAUACUAAAUACUUUUUGACAAAAAAAAAAUAUUUAGAACCCUACAUUUAUCCAUCCAGUUAAUUUGAUUUAAACAUAUUAAAAAGAAAAAGCAACUUAUUAAUUGAUAAUAGUAAAAUAUUUUAAUUUAAAUUGUGUUAAUAUAUGUAUAUUAUAUAUUAUAUUAUAUAUGACAUUAUUAUGUAUUAAUAAUUGUAUUUAUUAAUAAAAAUUAUUAACAUUAUAUUAUUGUUGGGCUAGUAUGUCCAAAUAAGCUAUUGUAAUCUAUUCAAUGAAAAUAAUAAAUAUUAUGUGAAAUAGAUAUCUAAAUAUUGAAAUACUAAUAAAUUAUACUAUAACUGUAAACUUUAAAUUAUUUGAAUAAUUUCAAUAAAAGAGCAAGUUUAAUAAUUUUGAAAACAAUUAAAAAUAAAUUGUUAAUCAAAAAUUUGAAAAAAAAAAUGAUUACUUUGAAAUGGAAUUUAUUAAAAAAUUAUGUCAGAAAGAUUUGUUUAAAAAAUUAGAAAAUAAAAUCAGAAAUCAUUAUCAUAACAUGUACAUAUUUAAAAUUAAACUUAAAAUUUAAAAAUAAAGAAGAAAUGUUGUUUUUAAUAGUACUAACAUUCCAAAUUAUUUAUAUAAUCAUUUUUUUUUUUUUUUUUUUUUUUUUUUACAAUAAUUUAUUGUUCAUACUAAAAACAAACAAAAUAUAACCAGAAAAACAUUAAUAAUAAUAACAAUGAAAAGAAAUACACAUUUUUCAUAAAUUUUGUUUUGAUGGAAUUACUUUUUAAGAGUUUCAGACAAUGUUGUAUUUGGAAAAAGUGAGUCUGAAUUUAACAAUGAUUCUGAUACUUGUGGCGUGUUCAAUGUUUCAUUUUCAAUUGCUGAUUCAAAAGAUAUAGGCGUGUUUGGUAAACUCCAAUCAGCAGAAGCUGUCAUCAAAUCAUUUAAAUCAUAUGCGUUUGGUGAUAGACAUGACACAAUUUGAUUGUCUGGUGUAACAUUCAACCCAUUUUUUACUAAAAUUCCAAUC